UGUUUAUUAUUUUAUUUCAGUUAUUUCAACGGUAUCGAUGGUUUCACCGCAGAAGCACACGUGUCAACAAUCCAAACAAUGAAAACACUUUCCCCUCUGAUUAGAAAUCCCCCCCCCCCAAAAAACAAAAGAUAAACCUAAAAGAAAAGGGCCAAGAAAAUCCUUUUUCUUCUUCUUCUUCUCUUUCUUCACCGGCAGCUAGCUACUGCUUUCUCACAUAUGCAUGCACUACCAUAGCAUGUAAAAAUGAUAUGACGAUUCCAGGGCCAGACUGAAAGAAAUCUGCCUUUGACACACACACUCUCUCUCUGUGGCGUUGGAGAUGGCAGAGUUGCAGCCAGGAGACGGCCAGCAGCCAAACGGCGCUCUUCCUCCGCCGGCUACCACCGCGGCUGAAGCACCGGCCAUCGGGGCUGCCGUCACCGUCGGAUCGAAGCGACUGAGAAGACCGAGCGUUCGGUUAGGGGACAUCGGCGACGAGCAGUACCACCACGUGUCGUACGAUUCGCAAGUGCGGAGAUCGAAAUGGAAGCCCUCGGGUGAUAGAAAGGACCUUAAUCCGACUGGGAAGUCGUCGAGGACUCGAACCCUAACGAAUUUGAGCUCCGGCUACGAGAACAGCGGAACCCUAUAUGAGGACAGGGAAGGGAACGUGGAUUCCAUGGGCGUCGGGAGCUGGCGAGUGAAGAAAAGGGUGGGGCCAUCCUCCGGAGCGACGACUACAGCAUCCACGAAGCGGGUUCGGUCCAAUUGCGUACCGAGAACGGAGGACGGACGGAGCAACUUCGGCCAGGGGGGUGAGAAACACAGCGGAGAAGAACAAGUGGAAGAUGGGUAUGGGGAUUUCGUGCGGGAAGACUGGGAGAGUCCGAUGAAGGAAGAGUCACCAGUGGAUUCGGUGGAGAAAAGAGAGGAUUUUGACGAGAGGAGAAGGUACAAUAGGAGUAGGGAGAACAGGGAAACGGAGGCGUCAGAUCCGUCGGAGAUGGGGGGAGGGGGAGGGAGGGAAGGGGUGAGGAUAUGGCUGGAGGAGUUGGGGAUGGGGAGAUAUUGGCCAGUGUUUGAGAUACAUGAGGUGGACGAAGAGGUGUUGCCGCUGCUGACAUUGGAGGAUCUCAAGGACAUGGGGAUCAAUGCGGUGGGAUCCAGGAGGAAGAUGUACUGUGCCAUUCAGAAGCUCGGGAGGGAGUUCUCCUGAUAGUAUAGGAGCAUUUAGUGGUUAGGCAGACAACAAGAGGGUUGGGAAUUUUGAUCGAAAUUAAUUUGGGGGUUUUCUUUCUUUUUUGGAAUGGCAAAAUGUAAGCUGCCUGCAAUGACUGAACCUUAAAACGCUUCUUCUUCUUCUCUCUCUCUCUUUUUUGUAGUAGUUGUUGUGGUUUGAAUGUAAGUAUCAGCGUCAGCAUCA